AUGGACUACCGACCCUACACCCGCGACGACAGCCCCCCAGCGACAGACGUCAAAGACACCUGCACCUCCUGGAUCAACGGCGUCCCUCACGUUACUCCCCCCGGUAGACCCCAGCUCGUCAUCGGAGAUAUAAAUGUCGCCCAGAGCAUUCAGGAGGUGCGCCCAGUCCCGCCGGUAGAGGAGUUGUGGGGCGCCGGUGAUGCGGGUAUAAAAGAUACCAGCUUCAAAUGCCAGGCAGAGAUAUGA